UCUUCUUGGCCAUACUUAUAUUUGUUUGCGACGGAUAUUAUAUUAUUCAUUCGCAGUGUUCACUCAUCCAUCCAUCUACCCAUCUUUCCGUCUGUCCGUCCCUUUAUUCAUUCAUUCUAUUUCACUAUUCACGAAUUACGAUCCAAUCACGAGAAUCAAAAGACAGCAUACACUCCUACCUAGAAUACACAAUCUCCUCCAUAAGCCUUUACCUUACACCGUCGCAAACCAUUCAGCCAUCACCCUCAGCCCUCCCCAAUAAUACAAAUCGUACGACCAAAGGAUAGAACAUCACUUCUCUUGCAUCAGUUCAUAUUUAUCUUACAAUCCACAAAAACACUUACUAUUCCUUCUGUUCCUUAUUCGAAUGAAAAUAAAAUACCCACAUACUCGACUUUACACAAUCAAUCAUGCGCGAUAACCUUUUGGCUACGGCCUUCAUUUUAUCAUCAGUAGUACUCUUGGUCAGCGGCUGUUCUGAGGUUCUUGGAAAUUUGUACUGCAAUCCGGUGGAUGCUAUUCUGUAUAGCAAUGUCGGCUCACCAGGAACAUACAAUCAAGUUACCGAUAUGGCAUCUAAUGGAAUUUGUUCUUCCACACCAAAAUCUUUUUCUGGUCCGAUCUCUCCAUUAGAUGAAGAAGUGUCUUUUCAUUUUAGGGGUAUUUUCAAUGAUUCAUAAUCUGGCUCCCUUUGCGCACUAACAACAUAUUCAGGACCUCUUCGGUUGAAGCAGUUCGCAGUAUACACUCCAAGUACUACUACCACUAGGAAGGAAAAACGUGAUGGCUCAACCGCUAGACGCCGUCGCUAUCAUCAGCAUCUUGAGAAACAUGCCAAGGCAGGCAAUAAGAAACGCGACGAGAUCCAUGCUACCAUUGAUGGACAAAUUGUCUCGUGGGAUAAUAACUGGCCUACUCCAGGCCUUAAUGCUUAUGAUGGCGGUGCAGUACCGGUUACUGCCACGAUCGAUAGUGAGAAACAAACGUGGAUCAACAAUUGGUUUGGACCAAGUACUUCGACGAUGGUAUCUCAAGCAUCUACUACCAUAUCUCAAGUUAUGUCUCAGAGUGCAGCUGCAGGUUCAAAGGCUCAAGAGACUUGUACGAAACAGAAUCCCAGUUUAAAUGUUAGGCUGCUAACAUCCAUAAACAGCUACUUCUUCAAUCAUAUCAUCCUCCACUACAUCCUUUUCUAAGCCUCAAUCAUUCACAAGCGCAUCCCUUCCUGAGUCUCAAGUAUCUGCAAGCGCAACCGCCUCCACCACAGCUGUAGGAUCGGGAUCUUACAGCAGAAUAGGUUAUUAUGAUUCUGUUGAGCAGACUCUUGAUAAUCUUGUAUUUCUUGGAAAUUAGUAAGUUUCAUUUUCUUCCCAAGAUACAUGUGUCUCUUAGAAAGUCCGCAGGUAAACUUGGCGUAAAGUUUUCCAUCACUCCUCAUACAUACCCAGGAGCAAUACUAAUCGAGUCUUUCUCCACUAGUGGUGGUCAAGGUUCAGGCGUGUUCAAUGAAGCUUAUGGCGCUUCACUUUCUUUCGUAGAUAGCAAUGGCACAGGCGGUGCAUCGUCACCUCAGAUUCUCGCUGAUACCACCUUGCCAUCGGACUCCGAGAUUAUUGUCAUGCUCGAUGAAGAAUGCAACAAUGAUUGUGGCUACGUGCGACCAGGAUCUGUUGCUUAUCGUAAGUUAUCAUACUAAAAAUGAUCAUUUGUCAUUACUAACACAUCUGUAGAUGGUUUUAAUGGGGCAAACAAAGUAUUUCUUCUAGAAUUUAGCAUGCCAAUAGAUGGAACCACUGGAUUCAAUGCCGACAUGCCCUCAGUUUGGAUCCUCAACGCUCAGAUUCCUCGCACAAUUCAAUAUGGAAAUCCGAGCUGUUCAUGUUGGGAAUCUGGAUGCGGUGAAUUCGACAUUGCUGAAGCACUCAAUGCCGGUUCAACAUUUUUGAAGUCCACAAUACAUACGAACAAACCUGGAGGCGAUUCAGACUACUUCGUACGGCCUACUUCUAGCACGAUGAGACUUGCAGUUGUCUUCAGCUCUGCCACUUCAACUAUACAUCUUCAGAAGCUGCCUACGAGUUAUGAAUUCCCCACAAGUCUAACAGCAGAUGACAUUCAAAACAUUUGCGACACGAGUGGUGGAAGUAAGCUUUCCGAAUUUGCCAUUUCCUAGUGAUUUCAACCUGGAUUCGGAAUUUUUCAUUGGUUAUGGGGAAAAUUACAUGGAGGAUGAUAAAAAAAAAGUCUUUAGAGAGGGUGUCAAAAGACAGGGCAAAACUUUUGUUCAUAAAAUAUCCUUUUAUUCUUGUGUAUGUUGACGUGCAAAAAUGAUGAAG